AAAAUAUUACACAAAUAUGUAUAAACAAAGUCAUAUUAAGAUAUAAACAAACUUGAUUUUAUAAAAUAAAAAGAUAACGAUGCAUUACCUUAGGAGUUAAAGAACUCCGAAAUGGAUCUAGAGUACGACCUCCCGUACUAAAAGCAGAUUCCGAUGCAACGGUCGACAAUGGGAUGGCUAGUAUGUCACGUGCCAUGCGAUUAAGAAUCACAUAACUUACAUUGCAAGAAUAAGAAUCCGUGGUUCCUUGACUUCCUUCACUCCCUGCAAGAAUAAAAACAAAAAUAAGAACCCCUGAACUACACACAGGUUAGCCAACUUAUUUAAUCUUAAUAAUCUGAGUCCAUACUUUUAGCAGCCUAGCAGGAAUAAACACAAAUUUUAAAGUAUAAGUUAGCUUAAAAAGUGUCCAUAUAUACACAUUAGAAAUAUCAAUACACAUUAGAAAUACUUUCAACUUUCUGAAAUUUAUGUUAAGAAAAAAAUGAGAGAGGCAUUGCCCACACAACACAACACAACACAACACAACCAACUUUCUGAAAUUUAUGUCAAUACCCAGAUCCACCACUGCCCACACAACACAACACAAGUACACAACCAGCUUCAUUGGCAGCCCCACCCCUAGCCGCCUUCCGUGACACUCCACCCAAAUUAUGGAUAUUCAGGACUUGUUUAUGAAGUCAACGUUAGAUUCUAUUUUCAAAGUUGCAUUUGGAGUUGAUCUAGACAGUAUGUGUGGCUCAAAUGAAGAAGGGAAGAAAUUUGGCCAGGCUUUUGAUGAUGCUAGUGCUUCAACCAUGUUACGAUAUGUAGACAUCUUUUGGCCUAUCAAGAAAUUUCUCAACAUUGGCGCAGAGGCUAAACUUAAGAGAAGUGUCAAAACUGUUGAUGAUUUUGUUUACAAAUUAAUCAGUAACAAAGUGGAACUAAUGAAAAGUUCACAAAGCAAUGUCUCAGAAAUGCAGAUGAAAAAGGAUGAUAUCUUGUCAAGGUUCCUGGAGCAGAGCGACACUGAUUUGAAGUAUCUGAGAGAUAUAAUCUUGAGCUUUGUAAUUGCGGGUAAAGACACAACAGCAGUUACACUUUCAUGGUUUGUUUACAUGCUUUGUAAACACCAGAAUAUACAGGAAAAGGUUGCUGAAGAAGUAAGGAAAAUUACGAAAAUGGAAGGAGUUGGAAAAUUUUCAGAACUUGCUGCUAGUUUGACAGAAGAAUCACUUGAAAGAAUGCAGUAUUUACAUGCUGCAUUGACAGAAACUCUCAGACUCUAUCCAGCAGUUCCAGUCAGAAAAUUUCAUUGCUCUCAUAAUCUCAUUGUUUGUUCUCUUCCUUUUUAUUUUUCUCUUUUGUGUUACACGUUACUUGCUGAAGUUUAUGUCAAUUUCAGAGGCACAUUCCAACUUAUCAUAUAUCAACCAAGCUAAUUUCUACCUUUCUCUCAA